AUGGCGGGCCCCUUGGGUGACGAAACCCUCAGUCGACAUUUACUUCGUGCUUUCGCUUCAUCUCGAUCCUUUCUUAAAUCCAAUCUUUCUGGAAAUUGUUUAUCAGCCACAAAUGUUGCCAUGGAAGAAAAUGGAGAACUAUUGUCCAAGGUUGGAAAGCAAGAGCUGACAGCCAAACUAUUGUCAACGCUCAUAGGAUUGGCCGCAUCAUUUGGGAUAACAUAUUUUGCUCUAAAAUGGUUGUCAAACGUAAUGGAUCCAACGCACAAAGAAAGAAAAUCCGCAACAGCAAGGGCUCAGAAAAUGCUUCAACUUUUAGGUGUGAAGGAUGUGAAGCUGUCUGAUCAUGAGCUAUGUAUUGCUGCUAACUUGGUGGAUCCUCUGAGUGUGUCUGUGGACUGGAAAGACAUUGGGGGUCUUGAGGAGGUGGUAGAACAAAUUAAAGAGACAGUUAUAUUUCCCUUCAGGAGAAGGGAUCUCUUCAUGAACUCUUCACUUCUUCAAUCUCCAAAAGGUGUGCUCUUCUAUGGUCCUCCUGGUUGUGGUAAAACCAUGCUAGCCAAAGCUACAGCAAAAUCUGCAGGUGCUCGAUUUAUUAACUUACAAAUAUCUUCACUGGUUGACAAAUGGUAUGGAGAAUCACAAAAGCGUGCUGAAGCUGUAUUCUCAUUGGCCAUUAAACUACAACCAAGCAUCAUAUUUAUUGAUGAAAUAGAUUCUUUUCUCCGUGCACGUCAGUCACAUGAUCAUGAAGCCACAGCCAUGAUGAAAACUCAGUUUAUGAGUUUGUGGGAUGGAAUCAUCACAGACCCCAACUCUCAGAUUAUGGUGAUCGGUGCCACUAACAGGCCACAGGAUGUUGAUGCCGCCAUACUCCGAAGGAUGCCGUGUAUGAUUCAGAUCAACAAACCAGAAAAAAUUCAAAGAAGUAAUAUUUUGAAGAUUAUCCUGGAAAAAGAACAAGUGGAGGAUCUAGACUUUAAGAAACUCGGAGAAAUCACUGAAAAUUUUUGUGGAAGUGAUCUAAAGGAGGCCUGUAGACUUGGUGCUCUCAACAGAGUUCAUGAGGUCUUGCAGACAGCCAAGGACAACAUGGAUGAAAAUUUCUAUGACGCUCAGUUGCCACAAUUGAGAAAAAUAAGCAUGGCUGACCUUGAGUAUGCUGUGGCCAAAGUGAAAGAGUCCAAACAUCUAACCUCUUGGCCAGUGUUACCUCCCCUUGAUUGAUGACAGUAUACCCAUAGACAUUAUGAUUUGUAUCAAAAUUCUGCAAGUGAUGAUUACUGGAAAAUACAAUCGGAUUCUGUUAAUUGUAAUGAGAACAUCAUCCUACUUUGGAUUCACUGUGUUGCUGUGAUGGUGUUUGUUUUUAAUAAUUUUUGACACUGGAGUAUUUUUGCAGCAACAAAUUGUCUCUAUGAAAUGAGGCCAAUAAUUGUUCUCAGAACCAAUGCUAAUUAUUGUGUUUUGUAUAUUACUAAAUAGUUUAUUGCAAAUCUAUCAAAUCUAUCAUAAUAUUUGGGUAAUUAUGCUAUGUUAGCCUCUUCCUACCAUGUUUUAUCCACACAAGUCUGUAGUAUCCUGCAUUCCCAGUGGGAAUCCACACAAGUCUGUAGUAUCCUGCAUUCCCAGUGGGGAUCCACACAAGUCUGUAGUAUCCUGCAUUCCCAGUGGGAAUCCACACAAGUCUGUAGAAGUUGGUAUCCACAUCAUUGUAUGGGACAUUGUUUUCUGACUAGAUGGUGGCACUUUUUAUCUGUCCCAAUCAGUGGUACGUAAGUCCUUUCUUGUUUAUGGUACAUUGUUUCCACCAAGACUGUGCUAUCAUGUAUCAAGGAUGAUUGUAGUAAUUUUAUCCACCACAAUCUGUGGUACAUUGUAUCCACAUCUGUCUUUUGUACAUUGUAUCAACAGGAGUCUACAAUACAUUUUAUCUAUCCCAGUCUUUGGUAUAUUGUAUCCAUAUCAGUCUGUGGUAUAUUGUAUGAACAUCAGUCUGUGGUACAUUGUAUGAACAUCAGUCUGUGGUAUAUUGUAUGCACAUCAGUCUGUGGUAUAUUGUAUGAACAUCAGUCUGUGGUACAUUGUAUGAACAUCAAUCUGUGGUACAUUGUAUGAACAUCAAUCUGUGGUACAUUGUAUGAACAUCAAUCUGUGGUAUAUUGUAUGAACAUCAGUCUGUGGUACAUUGUAUGAACAUCAGUCUGUGGUACAUUGUAUGAACAUCAGUCUGUGGUACAUUGUAUGAACAUCAGUCUGUGGUAUAUUGCAUGAACAUCAGUCUGUGGUACAUUGUAUGAACAUCAAUCUGUGGUAUAUUGUAUGAACAUCAGUCUGUGGUACAUUGUAUGAACAUCAGUCUGGUAUAUUGUAUGAACAUCAAUCUGUGGUACAUUGUAUGAACAUCAGUCUGUGGUACAUUGUAUGAACAUCAGUCUGUGGUAUAUUGUAUGAACAUCAGUCUGGUAUAUUGUAUGAACAUCAAUCUGUGGUACAUUGUAUGAACAUCAGUCUGUGGUACAUUGUAUGAACAUCAGUCUGUGGUAUAUUGUAUGAACAUCAGUCUGUGGUACAUUGUAUGAACAUCAGUCUGUGGUAUAUUGUAUGCACAUCAGUCUGUGGUAUAUUGUAUGAACAUCAGUCUGUGGUAUAUUGUACCCUCAUCAGUCAGUGGUUUAUUGUAUGCACAUCAGUCUGUGGUAUAUUGUACCCUCAUCAGUCAGUGGUUUAUUGUACCCUCGUCAGUCUAUGGUACAUUGUACCCUCAUCAGUCAGUGGUAUAUUGUACCCUCAUCAGUCAGUGGUACAUCCUACCCAUAUGUCUACUGAAGUGUUUGAUACCAUUGAUCUAUAAAGAGUGAAGAUCUUCAAUACAUCAUAUACCGGUAAGCUUUCAUCAGUGUAAUUCAGUUUGUUAUGGAUGAAAAGAGGAAAUUGAGAAAUGAACAAAAGUAUUAAUAGAACUAAUAUCCUUUGUUUUGAUGUUUAUAAUCUUUGAUGCAUGGGUGAAGAUUUCUUGGGCUGAUGUCAUCAUGUUUUGAUGACCCCCCCCUCCCCCCGCCCACCCUCCACAAAAAACAAAAAAAAAAAAUAUUGAAGAUGUGCCAAUACUCAAUACUGAAUGAACAUGUUUGUGAAGGUAUUGUUACAGAGACAGAUAUUAUGGGUCAUCAUUAUGAGAUAAUGUCAAACAGGACCUGUAUUUUAAGAUUGUGUGAUGUUUUGUUUACAUUUGCUAUCAUUUUUGUUGUACAUAUGUAUUUGUUUUUUUUCUUCCUUGAAUAAAUCAGGAGAUCAGACAACCUAGAGUAAGGAUGUAAAUCAGAGUACCCAAGAAUUUGAACAGAACUAUUUACCGUCAGUUCCACGUUUACAGCUAGGACUGCUGAUGGAGAAAGUGUUUAAAUGUGGGGAAUGAUAUUAUCACAAAUUUUAAUACAGUAUAUGAACUGCUGAUUAAGAAAAUGUGCAGAUGGGGGGGGGGGGGGUAAUCUCACACAAGUUAAAUAAAGUAUGACGGCAGCAAACCCAGGAAGUGUGUAAGUACAGAACGAAGACUGGUGUUUGAGGAAAUAUGUAGUCUGUUGACCUCACACGAGUCAACUACAGUAUGAGUAAAGAAAUUAAGGAAGUGUAUGGGGUAUGGUGUUAUCACACAAAUCAAACUCUGUAUGAGAAAAUCAUGUAGUUGUGAGAAGUGAUGUUAUCACAUGUGUCAUAUACAGUUUAAUGUGUAUUGCUGAUUAAGGAAAUGUAGUUGUUGGGAUAGUUGUUAUCACACAAGUGAAAUACAGUGUGGACAGCUUAUUGAGGAAUGAUGGAGUUGUGGGGAAGAGAUUAAUGAUACAAGUGAAAUACAGUGUGGACAGCUUAUUGAGGAAUGAUGGAGUUCUGGGGAAAAGAUUAAUGAUACAAGUGAAAUACAGUGUGGACAGCUUAUUGAGGAAUGAUGGAGUUGUCGGGUAGAGUUUUAUCACUCAUACUAGUCAAACAGUCUGCAGUCAAAUGAUUGAGAAAGUGUGUAUUGUUGAAAAUGUGGAAAGCAUAUGAAGAAAAACCUUUCCUUUGUACUUAAAUGUUUUAAGUUAUUGACCUAUUGUUUGUUUGUUAAAUUUAUUUGCCCCAACAAUACCCAGGGUCAUUUUUAGGUGGGACUUCCUUGUAGAAGGUUGUGACUUCCUCACUUAAUAUGCUCUCCAAAGCAUCGGGAAAGUAUAUGGGGUGAAGGAUCUUGUCCAAGGAAACAACCACAACACAGGAUGAUCUGUGAUCUGUCUACUUCGUGUACAGAUCAAACAUUACACCUCGAACCUGGUACCAUUUUAAUGGCCCAAUUUUGAUUACCUGAAGCUGUAAAACUGAAUGUUUUCUUAAUCUUUGUUGUUGUUUGAAUUGGUUAGCCUGUAGAAUAUGUUACAGCGUCAGAGAUUAUGGAGGUAGAUUUUGUUGUAUAACAUUGUAUAUUGUUUUGUUGUUUUGUGUAGAAUCAACGCCAUCUAAAAGUAAAUAAUAAAGACAACAUCCAUAGUAACAUGUUAAA